CAAACCGAGUCCAAUCGAGUGCAGACUCCUGUUCACUGUCGAACGAUUGGCGGAAUCUGGAGGGUCUUCGCGGGUGCUGAGCAUCGGUAGUCGAGGUUUGAAGAGAUCACCUGGAGGAGCAUAAAGCAGCGCUCAAAGUUCGCAUUCUCCCCAUCACCUCAGGCCCUCUCCGAGCGACCGAUCUCAUCACACUCCACCUCGGACAUGGAACACCCACACGUCGGCCCUGGCAGGUCCACCACACAGCCCGACAUUGCAACCAUCGAAGAUGAGAAAGCGGCCUUCGCUUCGAAUGCCAUCGACCCGCGGCAGCUCAGCCUGAGCUGGUCCGACAUCACCUAUGACAUCCCGCUCUCCAAGAAAAAGAGAAAGGCCUUGGCGUCGCAAAAGGAAGAGCAUAAGCAAGGUGACGUGGAGAAAGGCCUCGCCGAACACGAUGCCGUCGCCGCCGCCGCCGCCGCCGCCAGCACCCCUGCAUCGGGCGUGCCCCCUCUUGCCCCUACAGAUCGACGCAUCCUCUCGGGCGUCUCGGGAUCGGUCAACAAGGGGGAGAUGGUCGCCAUCCUCGGUGCUUCGGGCGCAGGCAAGACGACGCUGCUCAACAUCCUCUCGGCGCGCCUCAGCUCCGUCGGCACGCUCCACGGCAGGGUCUUAUUCCACAACCGGCCUCGCGACCCCGACUCGUGGAAGCGCACCGUGGGCUUUGUCGAGCAGGAGGACAUGAUGCUGGGUCACCUCACUGUGGAGGAGACACUCGCAUACGCGGCGAGACUGCGACUGCCCGACAAGCUCUACACACGAGAUCAAAAGACGCAGCGGGUCCAAGACACGAUCGACAUGCUCAGACUGCAGACGUGCAAAGACACUCGCAUUGGUUCGUCAAACACGCGGGGUGUAAGCGGGGGCGAGCGGAAGAGGACGAGCAUUGGCACAGAACUUGUCAGCGAUGUCUCGCUGCUCCUGCUCGAUGAGCCGACCUCUGGUCUGGAUGCCUAUGCGGCCUACUCUGUCGUCGAGCAUCUCCGUAGCACCACGCAGCAGCGCGGACUGUCCUGUCUCAUGACGAUCCACCAGCCCUCGUGGGCGCUUCUGAAGCUCGUCGACCGCAUUCAGCUCCUCGCUCGUGGCAAGGUCUACUACGAGGGUCCGCCGAGCGACAUGCUCGCCUGGUUCAACAGCAUCGGCUACGAGGUCCCCGAGGGUGUCAAUCCCGCGGACCACUACAUUACCAUUGCUGAAAACCUUGAUGGGAGUGAGCAGGGCGAGUUGCGAGUCCAAAAGUUGAUCGAAGCGUGGGCGACGAGGGACGAAGGGGCGCGAGUGAGCGCAGGGCUGUCGUCGAGGGCGAGCAGCGAGGAAAGCGUCGCAGUCGAUACGCUGUUGGAUGCCUACAAGGUCUGGCCGACUUCUUGGCUCGGCGAGAUCUACACCUUGACCCAACGGAACAUGUUGCAACUUAUUCGAGACCGAGACACCCUCAUUGGCGGUAUUGCACAGACAGUCGUCAUUCUCAUCAUUGUCGGAUUCGCCUUCUUCAGGCUCGGGCAUGAUCAGUCGGACGUCCUGGCCCGCGUCGGCGUCCUCUUCUUCUUGGUGAUCAACACCAUCUUCAGCGUGAUUCUCCCUGUCAUCACGCCCUUCCCGCUGCAGCGUGCAGUCAUGAAGAGAGAACGCUCGGCAGGCACCUAUCGCUCGUCGAGCUUCUUCAUGUCGAAGCUCUUCAUCGAUAUUCCAAGCAACGUCUUGCAGCGCGUGCCCUUCUUCGUUCUCUUCUACUGGAUGGUGGGCCUCCAGAAGUCUGCGGCAGCCUUUUUUAUCUUUUUGGGCAUCGGUUCCUUGCACGUUGUCGUCGGUGUUUGUCUCGGGCUCUUUGUCGGCUCCAUCUCUCCGACCAUCGAGAUUGCCAACAUUCUUGCGCCCAUGAUCACCGUCAUCUCCCUCCUCUUCGGCGGUAACUUGCUCCCGUCGCCGCCGCCGUGGUUCAUCUGGCUUCACUAUAUCUCACCACUCACCUACGCCUACUCUGCACUGGCGCAAAACGAAUUCAUUGGCGAGAAGUUCACCUGCACAGCAAGCAGCACGCAGUGCUACGCUACGGGCGAGCAGGUGCUUCAGCAGUAUAACUUGCAGACGUUCAACAUUGGCGAAUGUGCAGGCUUCCUGGUCGCAAUCGCCUUUGUGCUCACCAUAGUCGGCUUCGUCGGCCUAAGAGUUACCGCGCAUCCAAAAUUCAGGUACUCGUAGGUUCCAAGCCAAUUCCAAGGCAGAGUACGGCAAGAGUUUGGCAAAAGUGAAGCGAACAACCAACUGUAUAUGAUGUGGUCAUGUCAAAAUAGAUUGUUCC